GCCGUUCCAACGAAACGGAUGAAACCGCACCCUCCAAAGUUCCGCAACAUGCCGUCGGACGUUCCAGCAGCAGCGGAGGCCGGCGGCCUUGUGGCUUCAAACAAGCCGCCGCUUCUGUCGACGUGGGAAGUGGUUCUGCACUUGCUCAAGGGCUGCAUCGGCGCGGGGGCGCUGUCGCUUCCCUACGCGUUUGCCAAAGUGGGGGUUGUCGCCGGCCCCGUGCUGUACCUUGGCGUGGUGGUUAUAUGCAUUUACAACAUGGACUUGUUGGUACAUUGCAAGCAAAAAGUGAGCGCGGACGGCAUGUCGUUUGGCGACGUGGCCCAACAUAUCUUGGGGAGGCGAGGCAAGACCAUCGUGAACGUGUUCCUGGUGACCACCCAGCUGAGCUUUUGCUGCGUCUACUUUACGGUCGUGGCCACGAACCUGCAUGCGAUCCUGCCGUCGAGAGUGGCUCAAGACUUUCACGAACGCCAGCUCAUCUUGCUCGUGUUCCCAGUCGCCCUGGGCUUGUCGUGGAUCCGCAGUUUGCACCACAUCACGCCAUUUUCAGCCCUUGCGAAUGGCGCCAUGUUUUUGGGUAUUGGCAUCGUGUUUUACUACUCUGCCACGUACGUGCCACCCACCCCCGUGCCGCUCCCGACUGCCUGUAGCUGGACCAGCGUGGCCGAGUUUUACGGUAACCCUUGCAUUCGUACGACGCUGUGUCGCAUGAUACGUGUAGGCACGGCCGUGUACAGUUUUGAAGGCAUUGGGCUGGUGCUGCCACUGGAGAAGGACAUGCAGGACAAGGACCGCUUCCGUCAAGUGUUGCGGUGGACCAUGUGGUUCGUCUUGACGCUGUUCUUGUGCCUUGGGGAACUCCCCGUGCUCGCAUUUGGGGUCAUCGACAACGGUAGCAUGACUGCGGUGCUGCAGCAAUACGUUCCAGGAUGGCCCGUGGCGUUGGUACGAACGACUAGAGGAGAAUCCGACCCGUGUGUACGACUCACGAGGGGAGGUGGUUCUAUCGUAGGCGAACGUGCUCUUGGCUAUGGCGUGCCUGUUUACAUUCCCCAUUCAGCUCUACCCGGCGCUGGAAGUGCUCGAGAAGUUGCUCCUGCGACAUGGGUACUUCACCCCCAGCAUUCACUCGUACGAUGACCUGGCUCCACUGCCCGUGACGCAAUGGCUGUUGCACAACAAGUCCACUGCGAACUCUCCUGGGACGUCGCCGACACCGCAAGUGUUGGAGGAUGCGUUGAAGCACACGACGCAGUACGAAGUCCGCCGCACGAUGUUUCGAUCCAUGCUGUGCACGACACUCAUGCUUGUGGCAGUGUGUGUGCCCAAUGUGGGACUGCUCAUUAGCCUGUUUGGGGCAGUGGGGUCCAGCAUGUUGGCAGUAAUCAUUCCUCCAAUUCUGUACGUCACGCUGGAGCAAGCCAAUCUGUCGUGGUUUUCGUGGACUUUGCACAUGCUUGUGGUUGGUGGUGGCCUUGUCGGUAUGGUGGCUGGGUCAGCUCAGGCCAUCGCAGACAUUGCUGCCACCUUCCAUUGACAUCCUGACGGUGCACUCGUUGAAGACAGGCACUUGAUGGUAGUGAAACGCCUCGUCCCACAACCGGCCAAUCGGAAGGCGCCAGCAAUACAAUUCCGUUUAAGCUUGCCAGUUUUGCACAUAUAAUUUGUACGAACAUAUACAUAUAUACAGGAUUUUGCAGGUGAAAUGUGGAUUUACAGGAUAAUGC